GGUAAUUGGCUCGAAUUGGGUUCGUUGUCAAGUUAUUUUGAAAAUCACAAACCGGAAGUGGUGGAUAUCACACCGACUACCUUGACGCCGAGGGAAACACGAUCAUGUUCCGUGCUGUUGUGGUGGAAAUAAAGUGAGUCGUGUCCUUGUGCCCGCCGGUCGUCACCGCAGCCGGCUGCUCUAUCGGAACGGAGGAGGCCGACUGUCCGCUCUGUGAGCCACUGCCCUCGGACACCGAGAAGCGCGGUCGGUGCGCCCAGUGCCAGUCAGUCACAGUGAUUUGCAGAGCGGCUGACCCGGCUUACGUCUCCCCCGCGGCCGCGAGCGAGCAGAGAGGAGUUGGGGCAAGGGGGAGGAGAGCGGGUGGUGGGGGGGAGUUUGAGUGGUCAUCUUCCCAAAGCUGGACACUCGACCCGGGUGUCGUCCCAUGAUGUACACCAUCAGCAGAGGACCCAGCAAACUCGUUACACAACGGAGGACGACAGGUCCCACGCAGCAGAUAGAGAGCAAAUUCGCCGAGCUGAAGCUCAAGCCGACGACGUGGCUCACGUCGAACACUCCACCCCCGAAGAUCGUGUUCAACCGCCUCAAUGGGAAACGUUACCACACUUCGUCCACACGGAAGCUUGACAGCCCGGCUGAGGGAUUCACUCCUGCACACGAGGAGAACGUCAAAUUUGUGUAUGAAGCAUGGCGGGAGGUGGAGCAGAAGCUGGGAGACGAUGGGGAAUCGCGGGGCAGCUGGGGGCCUGUUCAGUUCACAGAGAAGACCCCCAAUGCUGUCAUGAAGAACUUUGUUCCCAUCGACCUGGAGGAGUGGUGGGCUCAGCGCUUCCUUGCAAACAUUGCAGACCUGUGUUGAUUGCGUUGAAGAGCUCAAACACGUCAGGAAGCAAAGUGUCGAUGCUCCUUCAGCAAAGGCGCCACCAGGGUUGAAAGGAAAGUCACAUCAGGCUUCAGGAUGCUCCGUGGGAAGCAUUGGCCACCAUUUGGCGCUUGAUCUGAAAUCUGAAGUUUCAUGCUGCUUUAAGGAGAACUGAGCACUCCAAACAGCCAAGAUGUGAUGUUGUGUUGCUGCAAAAUGGCCGCUCUCUCUACUUGAAUGGCGCAUUUGAAGUUGUUUUUCUUGUUCAAAAAGAGCUUCCCUCGUUCCUCAAGUGUGCUCUGUUCUAUGUACUUUACUAACUCAUCUUUGGAUCUGAAUCUACCGAAGAGCACAAGUAAAAUGAUUUUCAAAACA